AGUGCAUUAUUUAUAAUACCCAACAUUCAAGAUUGUUGACAUAAAAUUAAAUUACGCUUCCUUUUAGCAGGUUUUUAUAUUUCAAAAGAAAGAAAAACCCAGAGUUAUAAGAUGUUAAAAGGAAAUGGCUGAAAGUAUAUUGGAAGACAACCUAAAAUUUUUGCUUUUAGUUGAAGGUGUUGUCAAAAAAGCUCAAACAGAGACAAAAAAUAAGAAUUCAAAAAUACUUUGUGAUGGAAUAAGAUACUUUAUCGAGACCUGGCUUUAUCUGGUAGAACGAAUAAGCCCACUUUAUAAAGUAUCAGAAUUAAUUCCAGUUGGAAGUUAUGCCGAGGGAACUAAAAUAAUACGAGCAGACGAAUUUGACUUUUUGGCUGUUAUUGAAGAAUUGUCAAAACCGGAUGUGAUAAAGAUAGAUGUAAAUGAAAGCGACAUUAAUCAAGGUUUGGUAAAAAUCGUAGUAGCAGACGAAACAUUAAAGUUAAAAUGGAGUGGACUUUGUAAAGAGGGUCAUUUGAAAUGCUUUCAGCCAAUAAACUUUCCCAAUAAAAAUGAAAGCAGAUUUGGACAUGUUGUUAUUCAAGCUUUAAAAGAGUUUAUAAAAAGCUCGAAACAACUAGAACUCUCAAUCGGAUCGCCAACUCACAUCGAUUGCAAUAUUCCUUUAUGUAAAGUAAAUGAUACGUUUUUACAUUUCAGAGGAGCUCGUUUUAAAGCACCUAAUGUUAUCUUAAACUUUGAAUACGGGAACAGAGAGGUAUCGGUUGAUGUUUCACCCGCAAUAAGAUAUCAUAAAAUCCACGAUUGUUUCAGAGUAGAUGACUGCGUUGGUCCAAAGUUUUCUGAACUUGUCCUUCGUCGCAAAUCUCUGCUGCUUGUCGGAACUGAAAAGGAAUCUGAUUUUAAAGUGACUGUAACGGAAGCAGAGGUUGAAUAUAUAUUGACUGUCAUGAAAACCGAGCACAAGAUCAUCUAUGUAUUUCUCAAGUAUGUCAAUAAAUUAUUCACGGAAAUUUAUCCUUCCUAUCUUACACUUACUUCAUACACUCUGAAAACAGUUUGUAUUCAUCAUGAUGUGAAGUGUGCAAAGAACGAGAGAUCCAUUAAAGAAUGUUUAAAAUCAGUAAUCAUUGAUCUAAAUGUUAGUUUAGAGCAAUAUUUUGUUGCAAGUAUAGUAAAUAAACAUAUUAAUCUUGUCAAGUCUUUUAAUAACGAUGAUGACAGAGAUUAUGCUGUCCGAGCUCUCAAUGAAAUUUGUCAGUUGCCUACAGAAAUUGAAACCGUUGAUGACUUUGAAACAUUUAUGAAGCAGGUUGCUGAUGUUGAGCGACUGAAGAAAGUGAAAGCUGCAGAGGAAGCCGCAAAAAGUAUGAGGGAAAUUUCUGAAAUCUUUGCUACCGAGCUUCAAGAAAAAGUUUCAAAUAUUGUUGCUAUGGGAUUUGAUCCUGAUGAAGUGAAAGAGCUUGUACUAGGUCAUUGGGAUAGUCCUGAAGAUUAUAUUAUAAGAAUCCUACAGGCUGAGUGGCGCGUAAGGGAACGUGAAAAGAAAAAGCUUAAAGUCGAAGAAGUCUGUUCCGCAACUCAAGGAAAGCUAGUGUCUGACACACAUUCUGUCAACGAAGAACAUUUAAAUGGUGAUGUGCCUGAGGAGCUAUCAAGUCAACAAAGUAGCGCCACUCAAAUUUUGUACCAACGGCAGAAAGAUGUUUAAACAUUUUCUAAACAGUCUCAGAGUACAAGCAAAAUGUUUGUGAUACACUCAGCGAUGAUAUAAAGUUUUGUAUCUCCCUGAAGUUCGUGUCUUCCAAGAGGGUCACGAUGUUGAAACAAUUUUUAAUAUUUUUAUACAAAAGUAUUGGCAGUAUUUAGAAUAAAUUGAGAAUGUGCGGAGAAUUAUGUAGAUUGGCAAUGGAGAUUAUACUUAUACAAGAUCUAAAGUUUUGGAUACAAAACCUUUAAUCCCAUAUUAACAGUCGGGUAGAUUCGAAAUGAAAUGAAAAUGUUAAACUCAGUUUUAUUCUAUAUGUGUAACAAAAAGUUGCUAUCCUGCAAUGUUUAAUUGUUAAGGGAAUAUAAAUAAAUAGUUUGUUUUAGAUGAUACUGAACGUACUUUCAUAUAUUUAUUAUAAAUUCUAUAAGUAAUUACCUAUGCAAUAUUAAAUGUUGUAAUGAGACAGAGUACGACCAGAAGGUGAUCACCGAUCCACUAGGUAAAUAAUGAACCCGGGGACCGACUUAUUUCACCGACUCAUCUCUUACGUCUAUUAAUGUCUUUAACAAUACAAUACCAAACUUCAUUCAGUCAAUUACAUUAACAUAUGGUUAGAACUAAAACAAACAAGAAUAGAGUAGUUCAAAAACAUUAACAAUUCAAAAUAAUUCUAAAACAAUCCAUAUACUUUGCUCACACGUCUCAUAUAAUUCUUAUUGAAUGGCAUAUGUACUUCUGUGAUUUAUUUGACGUACAUUUGAUGAGACUUAAACUAUUUGAGCUUGAACUUGUAUACGUCAUAUUUCGGAUCAGACUGAGUCAAACUGUUGUUACUUUAUUUGCUUUCAAACGAAAUUGUGAAAAAUAUCAGAAUCUUUAAGUCGCUUAAAUCAAUAUAUGUAUUAAAACAUUAACAUUUCAA